UGUCUAUAUCAAAUUGAGAGUCCGGGGAAUGUUUAUUUGUGGUAACAAUAAAGCAUCUUCAGAAGGGAUAAUCAUGGGUCAAACCGGAAAAAAAUCUGAGAAGGGACCAAUUUGUUGGCGAAAACGUGUGAAAUCGGAAUAUAUGAGACUGAGGCAGCUCAAGAGGUUCCGACGUGCAGAUGAAGUAAAGAGUAUGUUUAAUUCUAAUCGUCAGAAGAUACUGGAAAGAACAGAAAUCUUAAAUCAAGAAUGGAAACAACGUAGGAUACAGCCUGUUCACAUCAUGACUUCUGUGAGCUCAUUGCGCGGGACCAGGGAGUGCUCUGUUACCAGCGAUAUAGAUUUUCCAAAACAAGUCAUCCCACUGAAGACUCUCAAUGCUGUUGCUUCUGUGCCUAUAAUGUAUUCUUGGUCUCCCCUUCAACAGAAUUUUAUGGUAGAGGAUGAAACUGUUUUACAUAACAUUCCAUAUAUGGGGGAUGAAGUGCUUGACCAGGAUGGUACCUUUAUUGAAGAACUGAUCAAGAACUAUGAUGGGAAAGUGCAUGGAGACAGAGGUGAGCCCAAACACUCAGAAUGUGGAUUUAUCAAUGAUGAAAUAUUUGUUGAGCUGGUCAAUGCACUUGGUCAAUAUAGUGAUGAUGAAGAUGAUGAUGAUGGAGAUGACAAUCCUGAUGAAAGAGAUGACAAGCAAAAAGAUCGGGAAGGUAACAGGAUGGAGAAAGAAAGCCACCCACCUCGGAGGUUUCCUUCUGACAAGAUAUUUGAAGCCAUUUCUUCAAUGUUUCCAGACAAGGGUACAGCAGAAGAAUUGAAGGAGAAAUACAAAGAACUUACUGAGCAGCAGCUUCCUGGAGCACUUCCUCCUGAAUGCACACCAAACAUAGAUGGACCAAAUGCUAAAUCUGUUCAGAGGGAGCAAAGCCUGCACUCUUUUCACACCCUCUUCUGUAGACGCUGUUUUAAAUAUGAUUGCUUCUUGCACCCAUUCCAUGCAACUCCUAAUACUUAUAAACGAAAGAAUACAGAAACAGCAUUAGACAAUAAGCCUUGUGGACCGCACUGUUAUCAACAUCUGGAAGGUGCAAAGGAGUUUGCAGCUGCCUUGACCGCUGAGCGCAUAAAGACACCACCAAAACGCCCCGGUGGCCGUCGGAGGGGAAGACUUCCAAACAACACCAGCAGACCUAGUACGCCAACAAUAAAUGUGUUGGAAUCUAAAGACACAGAUAGUGAUAGAGAAGCUGGAACUGAAACUGGAGGAGAAAACAAUGAUAAAGAAGAAGAAGAAAAGAAAGAUGAAACAUCUAGUUCCUCUGAAGCAAAUUCUAGGUGUCAAACACCAAUAAAGAUGAAGCCAAAUAUUGAGCCUCCAGAGAAUGUGGAAUGGAGUGGUGCAGAAGCCUCAAUGUUUAGAGUUCUUAUUGGCACCUACUAUGACAACUUCUGUGCAAUUGCCAGAUUGAUUGGGACCAAAACGUGCAGGCAGGUGUAUGAGUUUAGAGUAAAGGAAUCUAGUAUUAUUGCUCCAGUCCCUGCUGAAGAUGUUGAUACUCCUCCCAGAAAGAAGAAAAGGAAACACAGGUUGUGGGCUGCUCAUUGCAGAAAGAUACAGCUGAAAAAGGAUGGGUCAUCGAAUCAUGUUUACAACUAUCAGCCAUGUGAUCAUCCCCGUCAGCCUUGUGAUAGCUCAUGCCCAUGUGUAAUUGCUCAAAACUUCUGUGAGAAGUUUUGUCAGUGCAGCUCAGAAUGCCAAAAUAGAUUUCCUGGAUGUCGUUGUAAAGCACAAUGCAACACUAAGCAGUGUCCAUGUUACCUAGCUGUACGUGAAUGUGAUCCUGACCUCUGUUUAACAUGUGGAGCAGCCGACCACUGGGACAGCAAAAAUGUUUCUUGCAAGAACUGCAGCAUUCAGAGAGGAUCCAAAAAGCACUUGCUAUUGGCACCUUCAGAUGUGGCAGGCUGGGGAAUUUUCAUCAAAGAUCCUGUACAGAAGAAUGAAUUCAUCUCUGAAUACUGUGGUGAGAUUAUUUCUCAGGAUGAGGCAGACAGAAGAGGAAAAGUAUAUGACAAGUACAUGUGCAGCUUUCUGUUUAACUUGAAUAAUGAUUUUGUGGUUGAUGCAACACGCAAGGGCAACAAAAUUAGAUUUGCAAACCAUUCAGUAAAUCCCAACUGCUAUGCAAAAGUUAUGAUGGUUAACGGUGAUCACAGAAUAGGAAUAUUUGCUAAAAGAGCCAUUCAGACUGGUGAAGAACUGUUCUUUGACUACAGAUAUAGCCAAGCUGAUGCCCUUAAGUAUGUGGGCAUUGAAAGAGAAAUGGAAAUCCCUUGACACCAGCUACCUCUUCUUUUAAACAAACAGCUGCCUUAUCUUCAGGAAUUUCUAGUACUGUGGGCAAUUUUAGUAAAAACAAAAAUGCAAUUUGCAAUUCUGUAUUUGCAGAGUACUGUAACAGUAAUUUAUAGUAACAAAUUUCAAACCAACCCAACUUUUUAUUGCCUUCUCACCAGCUGCAAAGUGUUUUGUACCUAUGAACUUUUGCAAUAAUGUGGUGUGGUACAUUUUUCAACCUUGAAUAAAGGAUACUUGAACUUCUUCAUUUUUACUGGAA